AUUAUUUUACACUUUCUUAGGACUUCAUUUGUUUGAAUUACUUGUCACAAUUUUGACGACUUAACAUUUUGUAAUACUGUAUGGAAUGAAAUGAAUGAAUCCACACCAAGUAACUGCAGCACACGAAACACACAAAUACCAAUUCGAGCGGUUCUCAGACAGACCAGGGAAAGUUUAACUGAGAUCUUUACCAAGUAUCGCCAAAAAGUGGGCAAUGGAGCUCUCCUGGCGGUUCAAAGGGUCAAAACUUCUCAACAAUUAAGUCUUAUAAAGCCAAGCCUUCGUUGUGUAACCAAACGACAGAGUUUCUUUAAACGAUAUGGAUGCGAAGAGGUGGCCACUGUGUGCCUUUUGGUGGUCAUUUUGUUGAUGCUCUUGUUUGGACUUUACCUGGCCAGGAACUACAAUCACGCCUAUAUCUAUGGCUCUGGUGGAUGCCUUUCGACGUUUUUGUGGACAUACGAUGAAUGCCAAAUAAUUACAUAGGCCCAAACGGUUUUGUUUGUAUAUGAACUUUAUUGAUGCCCGAUUGGUUGUGGCCAAUAAACUGAUAGCAAUUC